UCAUGCUCAAAAGCUAUAAACUUUAACUUCGGAUAUGCUAGGGCAAAUGGAGGUAAAUGUUAUCUCAGAUAUGAUGAUACCAAUCCUGAAAAAGAGGAGGAAAAAUUCUUCACGGCAAUAAGAGAGAUGGUUGAAUGGCUUGGUUACAAACCAUGGAAGGUAACUCAUGCCUCUGACAAUUUUGACAAGCUUUAUGAGUAUGCUGUGAGGCUGAUCAUGCGUGGACAUGCCUAUGUGUGUCACAUGAGAUCAGAGGAUAUUAAAGGGUUCAAUCCCCCGGAUUCACCAUGGAGAGACCGGCCAAUGGAGGAAUCUCUUCAGUUAUUUGAGGUAAGUGAUUUUUGUAAAUGAAUAAAGAAUUAUAUUCUCCGUACAUGCAUCUUUU